GAAGCGCGAGCAACGGUUGCUGGUGACAGCUGAGUAGGAGCCCCUAACGGUCUAUUUUAGCAGUUGAUUGGCUGUGUGUUAUACUUAAUCUUUAUUCUCAGUUCCUAACACACAUUUUAGCCGCUGUUACUUUUUAAAUUAAAUUAACCUGGAUUCAUUUUAAUCAUAAUCAAUGACCUUUAUCUCAAAUGGAAAAGACCCUGAAAAGAGAAGACUUGUGGAGAAUGAAAAAACAAAAUCUAAAAGUAGAGAUAAGAGUAUUGGAUACUGGGCCUUGUUUAGAUGCGCCGACACUCGAGACAUAGUCAUGAUGUUGACUGGAGUUAUACUGUCCGUUGCUAUCGGAGCUGUUAGCACGACCAACCUGAUUGUGUACUCGUCCUUCAUUGGCUCAUACAUUGACAAGAUCUCCGCUCAGAAUCUACUUUCUGACGUCCGUGAGUUUUUCGUCGAGAGAAAUAUGUCGCUGGGUGACGUGUUCAGUAACGGACAGAUCCUGAAGCCCUACUGCGAAGACCUGGUCACCUACACUAAUGGAAGCCUGGUCUGUGAAGAUCUGAUUUCAACCUUAGAUAACUCCCGUGAAGUAUUUGACGCCAUACUUGAAAGUUUGGGUAUCUCCAUGGUCAUGCUGGUCGGAGGCACCAUAGCACAAGCCCUGUUUGGUUGGACAGCCCAGCGUCAGGUGUUGAAGAUCCGCCAGCGUCUUUACAGUAAAAUUAUUUGCCAAGACGUCGCUUGGUUCGACAACAACAAACCCGGAGACCUGGCCGUCAAGAUGACAGAUGAUAUUAAUCUGAUCUAUCGGGCGAUUGAAACUAACAUACCAAUGGCCUUGCAGUGGUCAUCUACAGCAAUGUCCAGUAUCGUUGUGACCUUCAUCUACGGGUGGAAGAUGACCCUGGUCAUGUCAGCUGUCCUGCCGGUGUUGAUAACUGGCGCAGCUUUGGCUAGCAGGGGCAGAGGAAAGAAGAACAUGGACGAAAGAGAGGCGUAUGCUGUAGCAGGGACGGUGGCAGAGCAGGCUUUCUCCAACAUCAAGACCGUCGUGGCGUUUGGUGGGGAAGAGAAGGAGGCUCAGAGAUAUUUCAUCAGUUUAAAGAGGGCUCAGCGAUCGGCCGUAGUCAUGGGCUACCUACAUGGGAUAGGACUGGGGAUUCAGUGGGGCUUCUUCUAUAUGGGAUACGCCUUGGGCUUUUUCUACGGCGGACAGUUGGUCAGGCAUCAAGAAUAUACAGUCACUCAGAUGAUGACG